ACAAGUUCGGUUGCACCGGACGUCGUUCAUCAACUUUUGCUACUAGAGGAUUUCUGCAAAGCUACUUUGCAGCAGCGAAACAUUUCCUUUUUCAAAUUCGAAAUGCAGAUUGGCGCAUUUAUACAUUUCUGGGUUCAAAGCGGGAUUUGAAAACAACCGGAUAAUCGACGAGUGCCCGAAGUGACGGGGAGACUCCAUUUUCGUAUGCAGCUGAUCGGCGCAGAGCUAGCUGGUUGCGGCACUAGGCUAACUUUCCCUUCUCGGCUACGGCAGCCAGAGCCAGCAAGCGAGCAGCUUGCGGUAAACUGACGAUACUUUCGUUGACUACAAAACACUCCCAGCAUGCUGAUGGUGGGAGGCAAUGGACGGGGGCACUAGAAUGAGUGUGAAGGAGCUGUGCGAGACCGAUGACCUGGCCACCAGUCUGGUGCUGGACCCUCUUCUGGGCUUCAGCACCCAUAAAAUGAACAUUAGUCCCCCGCCAGAGAUCCGGCGUUGGGGCAACCUCAAGGAGACUCUGCUGAGGUUUCAGCGCACGCACGACUUCAACGCCACCUUCGAGGCGCUGACGGUGGGGGAGCCGGCCGGGGACUUCUUCAGCGCUCUGGGGAGCCACCGGCAGGAGCUGCUGAGACAACAUGUGUAUCGCUACCUCAGUGCCUUCCUGCUCGACAGCGGGAUCCAGAUAGAAUCCUGUGACCGAUACUCCUCGGAGACCAACGGAGCGAAGAUAACCGCCACGCGGCACUGGUUCGUGGGGGAGCGCGUGGAGGUGCUGCUGGGCUGCAUCGCGGAGCUGAGCCCGGCCGACAGCGCCGUGCUGCGGGCCGGGGUCAACGACUUCAGCGUCAUGUACUCCACACGCAAGCGCUGCGCCCAGCUCUGGCUGGGGCCCGCCGCCUUCAUCAACCACGACUGCAAGCCCAACAGCAAGUUCGUCCCUGGUGAGAAAAAUGUUGCUUGUGUUGAAGUUAUUCGACCCAUCUCACCUGGGGAGGAGAUCACCUGUUACUAUGGCGCCAGCUUUUUCGGAGAAGGCAACGAAAUGUGCGAAUGCCGCACCUGUGAAAGGAACGGAGAGGGCCACUUCAAGCACAGGGGGAAGCAGCCCGACUGCGAGGAGACAAAGGACCCCGUGGGCCAAAAGUACCGUCUGAGAGAGCGGUAUCUCCGUCAGCACAGAGAGAAAGGUCACUUUGCUUCCCGGCCAAUAACACCUGGACUCUUUAAAGCCAUCCCCUCCAGGAACUCCUUCACCCAGCAGAUGAGGAGGAACGCACUGAAGAACAAAAAGUUGAACGAGACAAAAAAGUGGAGGCGGGCGAAGCAGCGAGAGUCCAGGAAGCGCCCGCUGAAGUCCUCCGCCGCCGGCAGGCAGCAACGAACGCUUCCGCCUCUGUCCCGGGUCACUCUGAAGGAGCUCCGGAUCAAAGUGCGGCGCCACUCGCUGGAGUUUUUGCUCAACUGUAAGGAUCCCAGGAGCAAAGAGCGGGCGCUGCUGCUUCAGCUGGAGGACCUGAAGCCGAGGCAAAACGGACUGAGGCCGCGCAGGCCGGCGGACCAAAAGGCCGCCCUGAACCUGAGGCCUUUCACGCUAAAUUCCUCCAUGUCCCUUAACCAGAGGAGCAAACCGGCGGGCCUCAGCGGGAAGCCCGUCAAAGUGGUGGGCAUGCAGAAGGUUCACAUCAGGAGCUCGUCGAGAGCAAGGAGCACGGUUCAGCAGCGAGACGAGGAGUCCAGGAGCGCAAAGGAGAAGGCGGACAGAGCCGUGGCGGACGGCGGCGAGCCCUGCACAGAGGCCGCUCCCCAAAAAGCCGCGGCGCCGUGCAGGACCAGGGCGGCCUCCGCCCCGGCAGAGGUCUGCAAGAAGGCGGCGGCGGUCAACCCAAUCAUUUGUCUGAAGCAAUACAUCACGGUUAAUCUGACGCGGCUAUCGGUGCCGCACGGCGCCGAGGCCAGAGCCGGCGGCGAAGACCGGCCCAGGAGGGCCGCGGCCAAAGGGAAGGGCCAGCCCGAGCCCACAGAAAAACGCGUCUCCAGGUCAGACGCCCCGACAGCCGAAGGCAACAGAGGCGUCAGGGAAAUGUUUUUCAAGGCCAGAGAUGAAAGGAAGGAGCUUGCAGCUGAGAUUGUGAGGGAUUUGCACCCCGACGAGAAAAAGAGGCCCGACAAGGUUAUUGAGAUCCAAAGUUUGUCAGCAGAGGAGAAAAGCUGCGAUUUAAACGACAGAAGUAGAGGACAGAGAGACAGAAGGGCAGCUGCGGAAGGUAAAAGUCAGAAGACUGUGGAGGUGAAAGGGUCUGAAUGUGAAGCGUCGAGUGGAGAAAACGAAAUCCCCUGUGCCGGGGAUGCAGGCAAGGACGUGCAGGAGUAUGAAGGAGUUUCCAGAGUACCAGGACAGUUGAAGAGAAGUUUGAGGAAACAGCCAGUUAGUAAACCCGAAGACGAUGUUGUUAUAAAACAGGCUAAAGUCCUCCUGUCUGACAUCCUAAGAAAGGAUAAAUCUCUAAUAGACAAGAAGUUGCAGGGAGAUCUGGUGGGCAGCGAGUUUUUAACCGCGGUCUCUGAAGAAGUGCAGGGUGCUGAGGAGCAGGAUGAAAUAAACGGAGGCAGGUGCCAUCCCUCAGAGCCGAGGAGGGUUUUGAGAGAGCGAAAGAUCCAGCCCGGAGCAAACAAAACAAAAGCAGACAAUAAGCAAAGCACCAGGGGCCAGCUGGGCCGAGACGCUCCCGUUUUACUCAGAGCAGAACUGUGCGAGACGGCUAUGCAGCGCCCGUCCCCGCAGAAGCACAACGAGCGUCUCUCCGGCUGCCCCAACCCACUACCUCACAAGUCGGCCACGCCCGCAAAAGCUCAGCCGGACCUCAACCCGCCGCCGCACACGCAGUCCAACAUACCUCUGAAGAAACGCACCUUUCGCAGCUCCGUGGAAACGAACGAGCAAACUCAGAACCCCUCGGCAGGUCAGGCGUCCACAAAGGCCCCCGAGCGGAGCUCCGCCCCGGAGGCCGGGCGGGAGCCCAGCCCCGCCUCCGGGGAGAGCGGCAGAGCCAGGAGGGAGUGCAGAACCAGAGUCAAAGCUGAAGUCCAGAAGAUGACGCCCAAAAGGAUCCCCAGACCAUCCUCUUGUAGCAGAGUGCUUCGCUCCAGGGCCAGCGAAGCCCAGCCAGCCCAUCAGUGGAUCGGUAAAUCGGAGAGACUAGAUGAAGAUGAGGCUCAGACACGACUCAGCAAGGAACCCGCGGAGAGCAACCAGCUGGAGGAUCCUGAGAACAGCCACCCACAGGGUGACAAGAGUCCACGUCCAAACGGCGAGGGGGAAGCGCCCACUUCCGAGCAGAGCGGCUCAGAGGACACCAAGCCGGGCCUGGACUUCAAGUUCCGUCUCAAGAGGAGACGAGGGAAAGUGUGGGAGAUGCAAAGCGAAAGCAUGUUGUUGAAAACGGAAAAGGGGGACGAUACGACGUCGUGCGACCCCUUCAAGGCCAUCAUGGAUUCCGUCUCCAUUCUAAACAUGGAGAUGGAGGCGGCCCAGGCUCACGUUCACGCCAGCAAGAAGUCACUGAGCCGACUGCGUCGCCUAAAGCGCAGAGGAGAGAGGAAGAACGACAAGCAGGCGGUGCUGCCCUCCGCUGAGGCGAAAGCAGACAAAGCCCAGGACAAUGCUAAAGGGGUCCGUGGACCGAGCGACUCCAGCGGCGGCAAAGCAGAAACGAAAGAGAAAGUCGACGGGCCGCCUCUGUUAGGAGCCCAGCAACUUAGUCAGAAUGGUGCCAGUGAGAAGGUUUCAUCCAGAGGGCCCCCGACCAAAACAGAGGAUCGCUUUCUAAAUAAUUGUUGCUUGUUUGAAGGUGGAUCGCAACAUAAACUGGAGCCAGGACUGGAUUCAAAUGGGCUUCCAUUACCGGUGAUAAAACUAAGGAGAAAGACAGAGGACAUUUGGGAGGUGGACAGUAAAGAGGAGCUCCUCCACCCGGAGCUAAAAAUAGAUAUAAAGAGAGAGAUUAAGGGCCACGUUUUAGGGAAACAAAAGAAAGUAUGCAGUGAUUUUAGCACAUUCAAAGAGCUCUCGUCCUCUCAGAGACUGAACAACUCGGCCUCUCUUAAACAAGAGCCACCGCCAUUUUCUCUGUCUCUGUCGCCACUGUCGCUGUCGUCACCCCUUAAUGACAACAAAGCCGAAGUUAUAUCAGAUAAAAUCCCUGAGAGGUCAGAGAUGAACAGCGGAGGAAGGAAGCAGAGGCACAAAAUGGACAGAAUGCGCAAGUGUGGGCCUGUGGAAACACCCACCACUUGCCUUAGUCACACACUUCAACAAAUUGAUAACAGUCUCUCCAGGCUCUCUGAAGGCCUGUGCUCCUCUCAGACGCUGGAAAAGCCCACAGCCAGUGCUGCUAAUUCUGUCAUCCAGCCCCCGUCGGAGUCGCCUCCAUUCACCACGGCGGAUAACAUGCUGUCCGACGAGCCCAGCUUCUCCAACUGCUGCGACGACAUCCUGGACUUUCAGUGUCUCAGCUUCGAGGGGUACUAUCAGCCCCAGAACAUCCUCCCGUCCUCUCCGUCGGAUCUCUGUUCGCUGGAUCCGCCCACCGAUCCUUUCAGCAGCCCCCUCUCCCACAGCCCGUCCGACACCUGGGCCACCGAAACGCCAUACCUCGGCCCUCCAAGCCCCGAUGACAACUUCACUAGUGAAGAUCUGCAGUUCUUCCCGGGUCUCAUUUCCUCCAAGGGCGAUUCUGUUCCUGUGCAAUGUGAAGCGAAGGAUACCCCGAAAGACGGGAACCCGUCCAUCCCCGGCUUUAGUUUCUCUGCUCUGGGGAGCGCUGACUUGAUGGCUAAGGAUCGAUUUCUGGGCAGAAAUCUAGGAACGAGGCUGUCCAAAGAAGACUUCAGAUCCCAGUCCUUUCCUGCCAGCAAGCCUCGAGUGUUUGGCACAACAUCGUCUUCAGUUACGUCUCAGACUCCUGUUACAUUAACCCAACCCACCGUCACUUUUAAGCCCGUUACCAGCCAGUCAAAACUCCAGUCUAACCUCAAAACCCAGGGCCCUUUCCACCGCAUGACCAUUCCAGCUAAACCGCCUUCUUUUCUUAGUAGUCAGGCAAGCACUGUUAGAGGAGUCUCCUCCCAAAUGGCCAACAGAUUCCUCUCUCCUCAGCUCUUCUCAGUAAAAAAUCCCAACCCCGCCGACAGUCCGUUCAACUUUCAGGAGAAGCCCUCCACAGUUAUCCACAGGGUUCUCAAGUUUCAGGGGGGGAACCAGAGUCAGAACUUGUACAGCGCACCUUGUAAGGACGCCGUUGCCGCCGGCAACCCGACGGUCACGCCCCGGACAUUCGGCGCAAAGCCGGGCGCUAUCGAGAAGACUCCGCAGUGUCAGAGGUUUAAUGCAGACAGCCACGAAAAGACCAGCGUUCCCGUUCACGGCUUUGGGAAGGACAUCGGCCACUUUGGCUCCUCCAACAAUCUGAGGUCCAACAUUCAAUUCAACAAACCUAACUCUUCUAUUUCACAAUCGUUCUAUAAAGGUAAGAUGCCCUCCGAUAAGCAGGACGGCAGCGAAAGCGUCAUGAUGUACAAGAACUUUUCCGGCAUGCCGAGACCCUUCUUCUUUCCCAGCAAAAGCUCGGACGGGUAUCCGUCCCCGCAGGAUAAGGGCGGGAAACAGGACAAGCCCACUCUGUCGGCCUCUGACAAACACCAGCCGUGUUACGCUCAGCAGGACCCCUUUGACUUCAGCUUCGGCUCCUCCCUCUCGCCGGUGUCUCAGCACAGCAGCCCCCAAGUGGUCCACAGCACACCCCCGGGCACACCAGCACCAGCAAACAAGAGUCAGUCCUCCACCUCCUCAGCUUCCUUCCCGUGUGGCUACCAGGGUCCGCCCUACGUGCUGAACUUCAGCGGAGACCAUUCCUUGACCCUCGGCCUCAGGGACGGUGUCGACGGGUACUCGGGAUUCGGCUCGGCCAACUACACCUACCAUUGCCUGAUGGAGCCGUCGGGCACUCAAGGACGCCUGGUCCUGGAGCCCUGCGGACCCCAGCUGCCCAACCCGGCGUCUCUGGGCGGGUUCUCGGGGCUCCGGGGUCAGGACGAGCACUGCAGGAAGGACAUGCAGCAGCAGUGCCAGCCCGGGGAGCACCAGGGCCCCCCCCACUACGGACCAGCCACCACCUCCCACUCCAUGGGGGCCACCAAGCCCAAGAGGGUGAGGUUAGUGGUGACCGACGGUACCGUCGACCUGGAUCUUCAGUACUCGGAUUGAGCAGACGCCACUGGAUCUAAAGUUUAUAUUCAGCGGGGAUCAUCCAGUAUCCGCCACUAAAAACGGUUUUUGUAAACGGUUGCAGGUCGAGUCACAUUUUUUUAAAACCUAAUUUUGAUGAACUGUUGAUGUGCAAAUGAAUUGUACAGAGUUUUGUGUAGAGCAGGCUUUUUCAGUGUUUAAUUACUAAUUACUACUAAAAAACCAAGUCCACUACAAUUUGCGUAGGAAACCAAAUUUCGGAUAUAUGGAGAACAGAAAGCAUUAACUAUAUUUGUGAACCUACUCUGCUUACGUCGGGCCCCUCUGACUGUACUGUAACAUAGAUGUAUGAUUUUUCUAUACCAUAUAUGGUAGUAGACACAGAAGGCUCCUCCAUCCUUUGCUGGUACUCGUUUAGGUGGGAGGUAAACAGGCAGCUUUGUGCCUCAGUCUUUGAUAUUCUUGUGACUUUUAAAAACAAUAUCUACCCUCAUUUUUUUAUACUCACCUUAAGCUCUUUUCUCACGUUUGUUUGUGUGCGUGUGUGUGCAUGCAGUUGACUGGCAGAAACUAGGGAUCAAAACAUGGCGCACGGUCGUGGCCGAUCACAUGACUGUUCUCUUCCAUUACUCAUCCACGCAUAAAUGAAAGGCUCGUGCAUGAACAGUGUACAGUUAAAAGACUUCUCCACCUGAAACGACACUCGCGGACAUUCUGACUGGACAAACACGUUUGAGGGAGGGGGAAAAAAAGCAAUAUUUAGGGGAGGAUGCAUCAAGAGGUGUUUGUAUUGCAUUUUCUCCCGGCGGGCAGACUAAGAGAAAUCUUUCGACAUUACCUUGUUGCAUCAGCAGUGUGACAAUCUUCUCACGUAAUAAAUCUGUUCCAUUUGUGUUUAUUUUGUUCCCAAGGAAAAAAACAGAAGGAUACGGCGUGCAGUAGUUUAAUCGUCUUUUUGUCGUUGCAAACGCAGCGUUUGCAGGUGUUUUAUAUUGUAACGGGAGAGAUUUGCUGUAGAUUGUGGAGGUCACGGGAGCGUUCUGCUGCAGUGUUCGGUGGCGCUGCACAGCCUUACAUUACUACCACAAAGAUGUACUGUCUUGAUAUGGAAAGGCCAAUUUAUUUAUUUUAAUAUCCUCACUCUUGAAAAGGUGCUUUGAUGUAAUUUAUAUUUCACAUUGAUUGUUCAGACUAUUAAAUGUUUUUUAUUACUAUUAUUUAAUGGGACAAAAUUAAAUAUUUACAGUGAGUAUUUAAUUUACAAGUCUGUUGACAUCUUAUCCAUUUUCUUUGAUUGUUGCAGAUAAAACUAGCUUUUUUUUCUAAUUGGCUGUUCGUCUUACUGGACAUCUGCUGUAGAAAUGUACAAAUGUAGUCUAUAUCAUUAAAGACACAAUUUUUUUUUGUAUUUCUGUCUUCCUGUUUUCUUGAAGUACCUCAGUGAUAAAUUGCAGCUAAAUGUGUUCAUACUUAGCUCUGUUUUUUCCAGCAAAAAGGAACGCUGCCUCAAUUUUCUCUCACUCAUCAAUGAAUUCACAUCUGUGUUUCAGAUCACGAUCAGAUACUUGCUAAUGAGUUUUAAAUAAAGUAUUCACCCACCAUGUUUCUGCUGUAUUUGCAGGGCUUCACUCUGAAAUACACAAACGGUCUAACCAUAUAAAGUCUCUCUGGAAUGGGCUGUACCGAUUAGGUUCUACUUUUGCUAGCAUACUGGGUAAUUGUUCUGUUUCCGAACCUGACCUUUGACCUGACACCUGUUCUGCUCUAUAAGGAUGCUAGUUGGUGCUCACCACAGGAAAACGGUACGAUCCGAGCUGCAGAGAAACUGUCUCACACCGUCUCUCUUUUUUAUGCUUUGUUCGUGUCUUUGUUCCCUUCCUGUUCUGAAAUAUUCAUUUGGUUAAUUUCAAAGCUCAGGGCAAGUGUUGGUCUCCCCGGUUUAGAGCGUUCUGUCCUCUCUCCACCUGCUCUUUCAUCUCACAACCAGCAUUCUUCUCUUCUAUCCUCUCCUCUCUUACAGCAUGUGACCCACUUCUGCCUUUCUUUCCAGCUCUCACAACCAGCCAAGCAGCUAUUUCUGUUGCCAAGUGUAACAUAUUUUUCCUAAUGAGGACGGAAAAAGAAAGACGGAGAUUAUUAUUACAGUAGUGACGGAACGGGGGGUUUUGAUGAUAGUACUGUUGAGUUGGG